AUGGGGGACACUAAGCUCUGCCUCAUGCUGAUCCUCAGCGCUGUCGCGUUGGCCCUGGCCGAGAGGUACAAGCCCUUCCACAAGUAUGAAUAUCUGUAUGAAGCCGAAUCCCUCAACUUCCUCAACGGAGCUGUCAACGGCCCCAAAGGAAGCUGCAAGGUUGAGAUUGAGGUUCCUGGCCCCUGCCACUACAUCGUUCGUACCACUGAGUGCACGCUCAGUGAGGUCACUGAAUUUGAUGAAGCUGGCCACCCAGUCUUUGCCCCAGCAGCCACUGCUGAUGCCUUCAAGGCUGCCAUGGAGAAGAACUCUCUCAAGGUCACUGUUGAAGGGGACAACAUCAAGCUGUUCCCUGAGGACGACGAGCCUGUCAACAUCCUCAACAUUAAGAGGGGAAUGAUCUCUGGCUUUGCUGUGCCUGUUCUGGAAGAGGAGAAGAACAAGAGAAUGCCCACCAUCUAUGGAUUGUGCAAGACUGGCUACACUGUGAAUGCCAGAGAGGACAUUGCCACAGACGUGACCCUCACAAGAGACCUGUCCAGCUGUGACCAAUUCAAGCCAGUCAGCGACCACACCAGCCCCCUGGCCCUCAUCACUGGCAUGCACUACCCUCUUGCCCAGCUGAUCAGGAGCACCCAGACCUGCAACUACCAGUUUGACAAUGCAGAGCACCACCCAGUCGCUGGUGAAUGCAUUGAGAACCACAUCCUGGUGCCUUUCUCCCACAAGGGUAAAAAUGGAGUUACCAACGUCAGCAAACAGAAGGCCACCCUUCUGGCAGUCUCUGAGUACGACGAGAGAGUCUUUGACCCCAUUCUGGCCAAUGAGCAGACCCUGCACCCACACGCCAGUGUGGACAAGAGCCCAAUCCAGGACAAAGAUGCUGCUCUCGCUCUCCUAACUGAACUGGCUGGCCUUUCCAAGACCGAGAAUGGACACAAGAGAGCCCACCUGGCCCGCAAGAUCGUGAGCAUGAUCCGCAAGAUGUCUGCAGAGACCCUGGCUGCUGGCGUGCCCGAGGCCCUGGAAAUCUCUCGCUCCCUGACCUACCAGGCUCUGUUCCAGUGCGGCACCCCCGAGUGCAGCAGCGCCAUCAUGCAGAUCCUCAGGACCUUCGACAGCUCUUCUAUGGAGAUUGAUGCCACCGUCUACGCCAUGGGUCUGCUACCCAACCCUUCUCGCCAGCUCGUCCACGACAUGCUGGAGAUGGCCAAGUUCAAGCAGAGCAAGCCCAUUUUCUAUGGUGCCAGUAAUGCCGUCAAGAGACUGUACAAGGCUGAGGGUAAGGUCACUCCUGAGAUUGAGGCUGUUGCCAACUUUGCCCUGGAGCAGAUUGGAGACUGCACUGGUGACCAGGAGCACAUUUUCAUGUCCCUGAAGGUUAUUGGUAACAUGGCUGCUGCUAUGGGGGCUGCUAGCCCUGCCCUGAAAUCUGCUGUGAUCCAGUGUGUGAACGAGCCUGCUGCUACUCCCGAGGUUCAGCUUGCUGCCAUCCAGGCCUACAGACAGACCACUCUGCCAGAGGAGGGCAGACAGGUGCUCAUGCAGGUCCUUCUGGACGGUGCUGCCCCACUGCAGAAACGUGUUGCUGCCUACCUGGUGCUGAUGAAGGACCCUCAGCCCUCUGAACUGUCUCAGCUAGCUGCUGCCCUGCCAAUUGAGGAGAACCAACAGGCCAAGAGCUUUGUGAUCUCUCAUGUCACCAACAUCCUGAGCUCCACUGCACCCGAGACCCAAGAGCUGAGACAGAAGAUCCUUGAUGCCCUGCAGGGCAAUGAGGUUGGAACUGUCAUGGACCCAACCAAGUUCUCCCGCAACUACAAGGUCGGAUCCCUGGAGGGAAACAUGAUCUUUGAGGGCGCUAGCUACCUGCCUAAGGAAGUCAUGCUGGAUAUGACCCUGAAUGCCUUUGGCUAUGAUGUGGACAUGUUUGAGAUUGGCAUGGAGGGCAAGGGACUUGAGCCAACUGUUGAGGCCCUGUUUGGUGCCAAUGGGUUCUUCCCCGACACUGUGAUGAAGACCAUCUACUUUGCUGCUGACAGGAUGCCUGGCCAUUUCAGUCAGACUCUGAAGAAGAUGCUUCCUUCCCUGAGGAACGACAGGAAGAAGAGACAGUCUUCCCAGAACCUUCUAAGAGAGCUUGGCCGUAACGUCAACAAACUGUUCAGAGACCUGAAGGCUCAGGAUGCCCCUGAGGCCAUGGUCUACCUGAAAAUGCUUGGAAUGGAACUUGGCUACCUGAAGACCAAAGACAUGGAGGAGAUGGCCUACUCUGCUGCACUAAUGAUUGACAACCUCCUGAAAAUGUUCCCUACUGAUUUCAUCAAGGGACUGCUGACCAGCGCUGACAAUGAGCUGUUUGCCCACUACAUCUUCAUGGACAAUGAGUUCUACCUGCCAACCGGCGCUGGUGUUCCUCUGAGGGUUGCCCUGUCUGGUACCUUCACCCCUGGAGUCAAGGGAGGAGUGAACAUUGCUCCUGAUAUGAGUGAAGUGGCAUUCAUGCCAUCUGCUGGUAUCGAGUUUGUGACUGAGGUUGGAGCCCACUUCCCUGACUUUGUUCAGUCUGGUCUGGAGAUGCACACCAACAUUUACCACGAGAGUGGCCUGAAAGCCAAGGUGUCUGUGUCCCACAACAACAUCAAGUUGACCAUCCCUGCCCCUCAGAGCCCUACCAAGCUCGUCAGCUUCACCAACUCCCUGAUAUCUGUGCAUGGUGCUGAGACCAAGACCAUCCCAGCCACAGGAGAGAGAGUUGAUGUGACAGAAUGCACACCUGUUUUUGCUGGCAUGAAGUACUGCACAGCUCUGCAGUACUCUGAUGCUAUGCAGACUGAUGAGUCUCCUUACUUCCCCUUCACUGGGGACAGCAAGCUUGCCAUCGAGCUGCAUCCUACUGGUGAGGUCUCAGAAUACACUGCCAACAUUGACCAUUCCUAUGAGGACAAGACCGACAAAGUGACUUUGACUCUGAAGGCUGAAGGAGAAGCAGCUUCUGAGGCCACAGCAACUGUGAAGUUCAACAGGCAGAAGUACAACGUUGAAGCUGAUCUCCAGAUCCCUGAUUAUGACUUGGAGGUUGGGCUCAGGCUCGGCUCUGUCAACCCCGACACCAAGGGCAAGGCCACACACUCUGUCCAGAUUGACCUCGUCAACAAGAACAUUCCUCAGGCCUCUCUGGUUGCCCUGGCCAAAAUUGAGGCAAUGAAGGAUGCCACUCUGGACCUUCAGCUCCUUGUGCCUGCACUGAAGGCUGAUGCCAAAGUCUCUGCACACAUUCACCGUGCUGAGGGUCUGACCCUGGAACUUGAAACUGAUGUUAAGCUGCCAGAGACUUCCUCUGUCCAGAAGAUCACUCUGAAAUACGAUGCUGAAAAACUGGAAGCUGAGAUUAAGUCAGAUGUGAGCUCUGAGAUCCAGAACAUCAUCCCCAAUGUUGAUGCCGUCAAGGCUUCUGUCAACGGUCUUCUUGACAGCCAGAUUGGUCAGACUGGCAUGAACGUCCGUGAUGUCCUCGCUAAAUCUGUUGAGACUACCAAUGCCUACCUGGAGAAGCUGGAGGCUGAGAUUCCUUAUGUGCAGAACGUGAGGCUUCCUUCUCUUCCUGAGCUUUCUCUGCCCGAGAGACUGUACCUGAAUGCUGAGGCUGAUGCCAAAUACCACUUCGGCACGCAUUCCUACACCAUCGCCAUUCCUCUGCCUCUUGGAGGGAAAUCCUCUGGAGACCUGAACUUCCCUGCUGCCCUCACCACUCCUCACCUGACAGUGCCCCAGCUGGGCCUGGAGGUAGCCUCCAUUGACAUUCCCCUCCCUGAGGUGUUUGUUCCAGAGCAGGUGUCUGUGUCUGUGCCUGUCUUCGGAAAGGCUGAAGUCUCCGCCAAGGUGCACAGCAACUUCUACAACCUGGAGGCUGACGUCUCUGCUGGUAGAGAUCCAGUUGACCACCCCAGUUAUUCUGCUAAAGUGGAGCUCACUGGUAGCUGCCCUGUAGAUCUCCUCUGUUUCAAGACUGAAGCAUCUGCAUUGCUUGCUGGUACACCUGGUGAUUCCCUGAAGGCUGAAUUGAAGACACAUGUGAACCACAAGCUCAUUGAUGCCAGCAUUAGUGUUGUGGAGGUUGCAACUAUUGCUGACAACUUCAACUUGAAGUCCAACAGCAAGAUUGAGGCAACUAGUCCUCUUGGUGUACUUGUGUCUCUGGAGUAUGAGGGUGAUGGUAAUGUGAACACAGAGGGGAUCUUUGGAAAUGGAAAACUAGAGGCAUCCCUUAAGGCUGGCCCAGUUUAUGGUGCUACCACCAUCUCCCAGACGGUCGAAGUUUUCCCAUUCAAGCCAGAGGCCAAGAUUGACUCUUCUGUUACGAUUGAUUCCACCCUUGUCAAAGCCCAGAACACAUUUGCUGCUGCCUUUGCUAAUGGUGAGCUGACUGCCACAUCCAACACUGCAGCACUUGAUGAUACCCUGGUGCAUCUUGCUGAGGUCACCUUCAAGGAUUCCACACUGGCUGUGAAGUCCGAUACCAAAGCAGAAGCCCUCGGCCUGAAGAUUCAAAAUGUGGCUGAAGCCUCUGCUGGUGCUGGAGCUGUUAACAUCAAGGUGGAAACAAGUGCUGACCAUGCAGAAGACCGCAUCCAUUCCCUUGUGUCUGCUACCCUGGAUGUCAAUGGACUGGCUGUGAACAGUGAUGCUGAUGUCAAGCUUGCAGAGAACACUGCAACUCACAAAGCAUCCUUGACACUGAACAAGGAUGGUCUGGCAACCAAUGGAGCCACAUCCCUGCAGAGCCCUCUGAAGCUGGAGAACACAUUCAGCGGUUCCCUGGAUGCAUCUAAGGGUGCCUUCAACACUGACACCAAAGGUGAAUUUGCUGACAUGAAGAUUGCUCAUGCCAUGUCUCUGACUGGAACACUCUCUUCUAUUGCUUUCAACAACAAUGCUGAAGCAGUUGUUAGCGAGGGAACCUCCUACACCCAUUCCAUUGUCCUUGAUGUGCAUGACUACACUGCAUCUUUGAACAUCAACAAUGACCUGAAGGUCCUGCAUGCCAACUUGGUGAAUCACGCUGAGCUUAAGGUAGAGCCCUACAAGGCUGAUCUGACUGGAAGCCUGAAGGCAGCCUAUGGAGAAGAGGAGCUCAAGCACACUUUUGAAAUCAAGUACGCUGACCUGAUGGCCAAUGCCAAGUGCAGCACAGCUGGUAAACUUCUGGGCUCUCACCUCAGCCAGAACACUGAGGUUGAGGUUGCUGGACUUACUGUUAGAAUCAACAAUGAUGCCCGCUUCAACUCCCAGCUUCUCCGCUUUGACACCACCACCCGUGCAACAGCUGUUCCCUUCAGCUUCAACAUUGAUGCUAUUGCCAAUGCUGAUGGUGACCUGACCCUGUAUGGGAAGCACAGUGCUCAAGUCUACACCAAGUUCCUCAUGAAGGCAGAGCCACUGGCAUUUGCACACUCUCAUGAAUGCAGAGUCUCAACCUCCCAAAACCUUGACAAUGGUGUUUCCAUUGAGACUGGGCUUGACAACAAGAUUGAAACUCUCCUGACUCCCUCUCACCAGAAGGCUCAUGUGACACUGAAGUCCAAAUUCAACAACCAUGCCAUCAACGAGGAGGUCAAUGUUUACAACACACCUGAGGGGCUUGGACUGGAAGUGGCAGGAACUAUCCUGACCAGUCUGCUCAACACAGCUGACAGCGAGAACCAAGAGUUUGCUGUCUCUGGGUUCCUGAAGUAUGACAAGAGCACUUCCAGCCACACCAUCCACCUGCCUCUCAUUGAGAGUAUGCCCGCUCUCCUUGAAAGUGUGAAAAUCACCAUUGUGAGUACUGCAGAGGCCUUGCAAGCUAUUAUCAUCAGGGAGGACCUUGUUAACAAGUUGGAGAGUAUCCCCGACUACAUCAGCGACUUUGUGAAGACACUGAAUAUGGAAGGAAGAGCAAUCACCCUCAAAGAGAACCUGCUAUCCCUUACCCGAGAGUAUGCCAUCACUGUUGAAGACUUGGAGGCCUCCCUGAUGAACCUGAAGUCUGCUCUCGAGAAGCUCCUGACUGAUCUGGCUGCUGGUGUCAAUGAAACCGUUAAAAUGAUCAAAGAGCUGAUUGCAAGUGGAACUCUGUCUGAGACUGUUGUCAAGAGACUGACUGAGGAACUCAACGCACUAAAUGAAGAAUAUGACAUCAAUGCUAUGUUUGUUGCAGUCAUUGAACUUGUUGAAGAUCUGAUUAAGCAGAUUGAUCUCAUGAAACUGAAGGACAGCAGCAUUGCUCUCUUGCAUGACCUGGAUGCCCAGUAUGCCAUCAAAGCCAAGCUUGAGGAAAGAGUGGGUGAACUGAAACAAAUGAUUUCAAGCUUCAGCUUGGCUCAGUUUGUUGAGGAUCUGAAGAACUUGAUUUCCUCCGUUGACAUCGAAGGUCUGACCAGUCAGCUGGUAGCACACAUUCCAACAGAGCAACUGAACAAGAUUGUAGACACAGUCAAAUCUCUGGUCACAGAAUUGGACAUCAUUGGCAAGCUGAAUGCAGUAUAUGGCAAUGUGAGAGCUGUACUUGUUAAAUACGAACUUGACAAAAGAUUUGAAGCAAUCCUGGAGAAGGUUGUUGAGCUCAUCCAGAAAUUCAAAAUUGAUGAGACUGUACAGGUCGUUGUUAACACUCUGAAGACCAUUCACAUCCCUGUCGCACUGGAAGAUGCUAUCAACUACCUGAAGGCCACAGAGAUCAAGCAGGCUACUGAGCAUUUGAACGAAUAUAUUGAUGCUUUUGUGCAUAGAGUUAAAGCAUUUGACUACAAUGCCUUUGUAGAUGAUGUCAAUGAGAAAAUUGCUGCUUACACUGGUGAGCUGAAUACACUCAUUGCUUCUCUUGAGAUUCCACAGAAGGUUGAGGCAACCAGAGAAUUUGUCAACUAUGCUCUGUCCACACUGAGUGGCCUCUUGGAAGAACUGAGGGGCAUCAAGGUAGCUGAUUUAAUCAAAACUCUGAAAGACAUCAUUGACAGUGUGGCUCUGAAUGACAUCAGAGCACUGGUGGCCAAACUUCCAGAGGUUGACCUCAGAGGUGAAAUCCAGCAUUACCUGGAAGUCGUCAGCAACCUGUACACCAAGGUUAUGGACAUUGUCAUUGAAACCUUCAGUGGAGUUAUUGAUGCAGUCCAGAAAUUUGUUGCUGAUCAAGCAAUUGUUGGCCAACUUAAGCAGGUCAUUGAGGGAGUUGUGACUGGACUGAAGACAGCUGAGUUUGAAUUCCCAUCAUUCACUGUCCCACUCACCAACCUGGUUCUGCCUUCCUUCAAGAUCAGCCUGGCCCACCUUCAGGACAGCCUUCCAACACAGAUUGACCUGCCCGAGUUCACCAUUCUGGGCUUCCAUACUGUGCCAGCCAUGACCAUUACUUAUGAUGAUGUCAAGCAGAAGGUUAUGCAGCUCAUUGACUUCAUUGUCAACUUUGAAAUCACCUUUGUGAAUGUGGAUGCCUUCUUUGGAGAGCUCACCAUGAAUUAUCUGCCUGAGCUGUCUGCUAUUUCACUGCCAGAGAUUACCCUUCCAGAGAUCUCUCUCCCGGCCAUCCCCAAGGUCAGUACUGAGCAUCUCCUUGACAUCCCUCUGCAGAUCCCUGAGAUCAAGCUCCCUCACAUUCCCACUGAGCUGAUAGUGCCAGCUUUUGGAAAGCUGUAUGGUGAAAUCAAAGUGAACACUCCCAUCUACACCCUCCGAUCUGCUGCUGAACUCCAAAAUGCUCCAGAGAGCGAGACGACUCCCCAGUACACAGCCUCCCUGACCGCCCAAGGAUCAUCUUCUGUUUUUGAAGGACUGGACUACAACCUGGACUCCAGUGCUAGUGUGAAGUUCCCUGAGAUGACCAAUGUCGUUGUUGCAGAAAACCUGAAGUUCACAUCUUCUAUUCUUGCUGUGGACCAUGAGGCAACAGUGACCGUCCCAUCCCAGGCCUCUGCCAAGACCACUGUGAAGGCAACCACUUCUCUCCUCACAGCUGAGCUGGUCAACAAUGUACUCAUUGAUGGUCUGUCUGUGUCUCUUGAUACCACCUACAACCAGCAGAUCAACAUCGCUCUGAUCUCCUUCACCAGCGAAACCGCUCUGGCUCAGAAGGCAGCUGCUCAUCUGGAAGGUCAGACCCUCACUCUUACCGUUGGACAUGAGGGAACUGCCAAGUUUGCUCUCCCAGACUACUCUGAUGAGGGAACACUCAAGAGUGACCUUCACUACACCAUGGACUUCAACACUGCCAAGUUGACAUACACUGGUGACAUCAACAGUGCCACUCUCAAGAUGAAGCAGGUGUUAAAUGCUGAUGCUGUUGUCCUCAGUUACCUCACCUUUGAUGCCCGUGUCGAAGCGGAGUCUCCAAUCAUCAAGAACAGCCUGCUGACCGCCUCUGGGAAGGCUCACCUGGGUGACAUGAAAGUCGAAAUCAAGGCCAAUCACGACACAGAGCUUGCUGGUGCUCUUAGUGGAACCCUGUCCAACUCCAUCCAUGCUUUGGUUAAAGCCUAUGAAGUUGUGCUCGAUUUCCAGAACAAGGGUAAUGCCAAGGUCAGCCUGGCUGACACACUUUCAGCAAAGCUUGAUCUCCAGAAUGACUACUCUGUCAACCUGAAUCAGGAUCUGCAGCACAUCAACACCAUGGCCCUUGUCAAGCUGAAUCAGUACAAGAUCAGCUACAACUUCACAGCUGAAAACAACCAGGCCGAAACCGGCAUCUAUGCUGCUGUCGAUAGUGAAGCAAAUCUCGAAUUCCUGACUGUGCCUAUUAGCAUUCCUGAGCUUGCUGUGCCAAUCAUUGAUUUCAAGACCCCAGCCAUCAAUGACAUCAAUCUGUAUGAGCACACUGGCCUGAAGCACCUGCUGACCUCCACUGAGCAGACAGUUGAUGUGGAUGCAAAGAUUGUGUACAAGAAAAGCAGUUUUGCUGUUGGCAGUCUGGUCUCUGAAGCCUCUUUCAAGUCCUCCAUCGUCAACCUGAAUGUCAAUGCUGAGGUGUCUGCUGAGGAUGACUUGGUUAUCCGCAUUGGUGCCGUCUCUGCAUCUGUCUUUGAUGGUCUGAAGGCCAAGAUUGAUGGUACCAGCAGCCUUACCACCAAGAGAGGUGUGAAACUGGCCACAGCCCUUUCUCUGGAGAAUGCCCAUGUUGAGGCAACCCAUGACAGCACUCUGAACCUGAACACUGAAGAGCUGGAAGCCUCUCUUUCUGCUGCAACUGUUGCAAAGGUGAACCUGGCUAUCCUCACUGCUGAGGCCAACCACCAGCUGACAGCAGACACAAAGGAACAUCCCAAAGCAGCCUCCACUCUCAACAUCAAGUACACCUUGGACAUUCCAGUCAUCAAGGCUGUUGGUUCUGGAGAUGCUGAGAACAGCCUGAAGCUUGAGGCUGGUCUCUACUUCAUUUCCCUGGAAUCCUCAACAAAGGGACACAUUGAUGGAACCAUCCUGGACACAGGUCUUGUAAAGGGAGCCCUGGAUAACACAGCUAACAUCUACCUGAAUGAGAAUGGCCUUCGCUCAACUUUGAAGAGCAACGGCAAUGCACAUAUCAGCCAUGGAGACUUGAAGGUGGACUUUGAUCUUGAUGAAGACAUUGCUCUUGAAGGAAGCCUGAGCCGUUUCUAUUCCACAGUGAAAAUCGCCUCCAACAACGAAAUCAAUGUAGCUGCCCUGAACACCAAGGGAAAGCACUCUGCUCAGGCUACUGUUGACCUGUCUCCACUGAGCUCUCUGACUGCUGACGUGGAAAUUGACUUCGCUCAGCCAAGCAGCUUGGGUGAACUCAGCAUCUUUGAUAAGACUGUUAUUGAGCUGACUGCCCAGAAACAGAAGGUCGCCUGCAAUGCCAAGAUUGUCACCCCUGUGUACACCACCACUGCUGCAGCUGAAGUGGAGGGUGAAAUCCCUGAUAUCAAGGGAACCUUCAAGCUCUCUGCAACAUCCCCUGUCGAGUUCCUGGUCUAUGAUCUGGAUAGCUCCAUUGCAUCUGCUGUGGAGAGCGCUGCUCUGAGCUUGACUGGCAAGGCUGUCCUUACCCAUGCUGAGCUGACUGUUGAUGUUCAGAAUACUCUUACUGCAGCCAUGUCUGAUGAUGGUGCUUUCCGCCACUCCCUGAAUGUGGACAUCAGCAGCCCAACCUUCACUGAUGUGAACUUCCGCUAUGCUGCUCGCAAGGAUGGUGCCAGUGCUUCCAUCUCUACUCCAUCCACUGGUUUCCUCGGACUCCAGCUCCAGGGCAGGGUCCCAUCCCAGUUUUAUGCUAGACUGUACAGUCGCUAUGCUUCCUCCCCUGAGACCGAUGUGGAGAUUCUGACCAUCAGAGCUGCUGCCAAGGAUGGAGACAAGUUGCGCCUGCAGGCUUCCUACAACCUGGAUGCCCCCAAGGACAUCAUGGUUGCUCUGGAGGAGAGAGUUCCUGCCAUCACCUCCACCCUAGUUAGCUUUGCAGACAAGUACGGCAUCGCCGGUGCUCUUGAGAGCUUGAAGAACACACUUGUGAACACAGUCAGUGAGGCCUACAACACUGCCAAGAGCCACGCUCCCGAGAUGAGCCAGCUGUCCAUCCUCUUCAGGGAUGUUGUUGUUCAGUACCAGAAGACCGUUCAGGUCCUGCUUGAUGCAGCCAUCAAGUUCCUGAGGGAAACCCAGAUUGAGCUGCCAGGGAUGGAGAAGGCUACUCUGCCCGAAAUCGUGCACAAGAUCACAACCAAUGUUGGCACAGUGUUUGAGCAGCUUCUGCAGGUGAUCAGUGAAAACCUGUUUGCCUACCUCACACCAAUUGUUGACACCAUCAGCUCCAUCCAGGUGACCAUGCCCUCUGGCGAGGUUCUGACUGGGGGCCAGAUUCUGGACCAGGUGAAGGCUGUCGUGAACAAGGUGGUGGAGUUGGUGAAGAAUCUGGAGAGCCUUGACAAGAUCCUAGAGAAGCUGGGCGAGGCCCUCCAUGAUGUCGUUGAGAAGGCCCAGGGCUUUGUCGACAGCUUGCACUCUGACAUCCUAGACACCGUCUCCCUGUACAUCAACACCCUCUACCACAACCUUCUUACUGUGGUGAAGACCAUCACAGAGCAUGUGGAUUCCCUGCUGAAUGUGCAGGAGGUUGAAAGCACAAUCAAGUAUGCUGUGGAGUUCGUCAGGUCUGUGGUGGAUAUGAUCCUCACCCGUGUCUCUGCUAUCCUGCCCCAGGGUGUGGAUAACGCUUACCUGAAAGUAAGCGAAGGAAGGCUGGAGGUUGAGCUUCCACUUUCCCUCCACCAGUAAGAUGCAACGCAAGAAAAAACAAAGCUACUAUCCUUCUCCGUAGGAGAAGACUGGACACUGUAACAUUCUAGAGGGAUGAUAAACUCCCCUGUAUUUAUGACAACUGAGCAACAUCUUUCACAUUGUUUAAAGUUACCAUUAUUUCCUUUUGAAACUUCAUGUAAUGUGGUGAAUGCAUCAAUAAAGAUCAUCAUUGCUAAAGCACUGCA